UGCCGGCUCUGCACGCGGCACCUGGGGAGAGCCUUGGGGGCGCUGUGCUGCAGCCUCUUGGUCCCCGAUACCUGUUCGAACCCUGCAUUCAGGGGCCUGUCCCUUGCCGCCCCGGUACCCUUACGUCUCUCAGCCCCCGACUUUUGCUCUGAGAGGCCCUGACCGGGCGCCGAGAGGGGGGCAGUGUCGUGUGCUACCGCCCCUCUCCCCCGAAGGCAGCGUCCUGUGCUAAAGAAAGGACUUGAGAGGAAGAACCACCGUAGGAUGGUGAGCUGAAAGUGAGAACCUAUAGGCAAAUGCUUCUCUUACAGACAAUACAGGUAUGCCCUGUUUUUUGAAAGUUUGCUUUACCUCCUUCACUUUGAUGAAAAACCUACAUUGGUACCUGUUGUCGCUAAAUGAAAGAAAUCUGAAGAGGAUUUUCACUUUUACGAAAACAGGUACUGAUUAGGAUGAAUGUGAUUUGGAGAAAUUAUUUUUCUUGUCUAAGGAUAAGAAAGGUGCCUCACAGAUACCAAAGUAGUUAUCACCCAGUGGCCCCUCUGGGAUCAAGGAUUUUAACUGAUCCAGCCAAAGUUUUUGAACACAACAUGUGGGAUCACAUGCAGUGGUCAAAAGAAGAUGAAGAAGCAGCCAGAAAAAAAGUAGAGGAGAACUCAGCUGUGCGAGUCCUUCUGGAAGAGCAAGUGAAGUAUGAGAGUGAAGCUAGUAAAUAUUGGGACACAUUUUAUAAGAUUCACAAGAAUAAGUUUUUCAAAGAUCGUAAUUGGCUGUUGAGGGAAUUUCCUGAAAUUCUUCCAGUUGGUCAAAAAACUGAAGAGAAGGUAAAAGAAUUAUCAUGGAAUCAUGUAAAAGUUCAUGCUGCAAAUUGUUUCUCAAAAAUGCACUGCCCUACUAUGCCUGAAGAAAACAAUCAUUAUAGAGAAAGUUCUGGCUCAUCAGAUGGUCAAAACAAAGCAGGAUCUGAUUUUUCCAACCUAGACUCCAAAGAACACAGAAAAGGACCUCUGAAGACUGAAUUGUUUCCUGGUAGCAACGCCACUUUCAGAAUCCUAGAGGUUGGCUGUGGUGCUGGGAAUAGUGUUUUUCCAAUUCUGAACACUUUGCAGAAUGCUCCAGAGUUCUUUCUUUAUUGUUGUGAUUUUGCUUCUGGAGCUGUGGAGCUGGUAAAGUCGCACACGUCAUACAGAGCAGCCCAGUGCUGUGCCUUUGUUCAUGAUGUUUGUGACGAUGGCCUGCCCUACCCUUUUCCAGAUGGGAUCCUGGAUGUCAUUCUCCUCGUCUUUGUGCUCUCUUCCAUUCAUCCUGACAGGAUGCAAGAUGUUGUAAACCGACUGUCCAAGUUACUGAAACCUGGCGGGAUGCUGUUAUUUCGGGACUAUGGAAGAUAUGAUAAGACUCAACUUCGUUUUAAAAGGGGACAUUGUUUAUCUGAAAACUUUUAUGUUCGAGGAGAUGGUACCAGAGCAUAUUUCUUUACAAAAGGGGAAGUCCACGAUAUGUUCUGCAAGGCUGGGUUAAAUGAGAAGCAAAAUCUGGUCGAUCGUCGCUUACAAGUUAAUAGGAAAAAAAAAGUGAAAAUGCACCGAGUGUGGGUUCAAGGAAAGUUCCAGAAACCAUUACCCUUCACUCAAAAAAGCUCCAAAUUGCUAAGUCACUUCAUCUCUCCCAGGAAUGAGGAAGACAAGACUGAAGAGACCAGUUGCUGUCCCUCCACAUGGCGAGAAACAACAGGAGUGGGAAUUACCUAUACGUUUUGUAAGUGCUGGGUAAAGCAUACCCCACAUCUACCGAGACUAGAGCAAUGUGCAGGGGACUCUAUUUUGUCCUUUUGUCACUUGCUGAGUCAUCUGCUCAGCAUUUACCUGUAAGCUUGUGGCAGCUUACCUGGUCUGUAAGCAUCUGCCUUAGUGAUGGGUGGAAUCCGCAGGGUAUGCACUGACACUUGUAUGUGGUUAGAAUACCGGGGACUGCAAACAGAAUGAAUUUCCAAAGUUAUAACCAGUGACUUAUUCUAGGAACCCUACUACACUUAAACCUUUACUAGAUUGCUAAAUAAAUGGCCGGGAGGUCUAGCAACUUUGCCAAGCACCGCUUCUACAUUGACUCACUGUACACCAGCACUUCUCAAACUAUCCGAGGUGAAGGACCAGUAGUUGCUUUUUGUUUUGUUUUACCCGUUUCCAACCUGUCACAGACCAGUACUUUUGUAAAACACAAUAAAGAUGAAUUAGUAGGAAAAAAAAAAAGAUAUACUCCAGUUUCUGGCAUUGUUUCCUGGUCUCUGCCCUCUCCCCACAAUCUCUCCAUAUUACUGCCCUGUCAGCCAGUGCUUACCAGCUACAUGUCAGGCAUUGCUCUAGGUUUUGGGAAUGAAGGGUUGAACAGGAAAAAGGAAAGACAGACAAGCCCAAGAUUUUUACUAGAUUCAUCAGUUAUAAACUUACUCGGUCUCUCUGCUCACCCUGUCACAGAUUGGGAAUGAAACAGUUCCCAGACCAGCACCCAGUCACAACCCACCCCUUGAGCUGCACUGCUCUAAACCACAGGGAGACUAAAAAUCCAUGUCACAGGGCUUCCCUGGUGUUGCAGUGGUUGAGAGUCCGUCUGCCGAUGCAGGGGACGCGGGUUCGUGCCCCGGUCCGGGAAGAUCCCACAUGCCCCGGAGCGGCUGGGCCCGUGAGCCAUGGCCGCUGAGCCUGCGCGUCCGGAGCCUGUGCUCCGCAACGGGAGAGGCCACAACAGUGAGAGGCCCGCGUACCACAAAAAAAAAAAAAAAAAAAAAAAAAAAAAUCCAUGUCACAGUAUUUGUCCAGCUUUGCCUCCUGAACCCUGUUGUCUCUCUUCACCUCAGAGUGUACAAUGCCAGGGCCUGUGCUCUUGCACCUAGAAAUGCUUGGUCCAGGUGUUCAGUGCUUUUCGCUGCUACUCUUUUCAUACAAUUGCCUGUGUUAAGUACACAAAACCACACCUCAGCACCCAGCUGUCACCAGGAUUCCUGGUGGUUAUUGUUCCUUUUAUUUGUUCACUUUUUAAAAUUUUGACUUUUUGUGAAUAUGUGAAUCAGUGCAAAAUAGUUUCUAUGCCAAUGUAAAAUGGAAAGGGAGAUGAUUCGGUUCUUUUGUUGAAGUCAAAACUUGUAAUUUUUUCCCCCACUCAAUAGUGUUUAAAUGCUGGAUUGAUGCCAGACUCAAAGAACGUGGAGAACUUGGGGAAAGGCCAGAGACAGAUAAACGAUUAGUAAUAGUUUGUUAUAAGGGCCAUGA